AUGGGGAUCCCUCACUUAACCAGACACCUGCUUCCCUAUGCCGAAAGUGUCUUGUUAGAUGGAAGGACAACCGAUUCAGAAUCCCCGCGCGUCCAAGCCGUUGUCAUCGACGGGCCCAGUCUAGUAUACCAUGUCUACCGUCGACUGUUGGGUUGGAUGGACCCAAGCAGUGAUGUCCUUGACUACCAGCCAACCUGCGAUGAAAUCAGUCGUGGGGUGAGCAGCUUCCUUCUCCAAUUAACCAGACUGGGAGUUAAAAUACAUAAGAUAUGCUUCGAUGGUGCUUUGCCCGUUUCGAAGCGAGAAAUCCGCUUUUCCAGAAUUGAAAAACUACGCCAUCGUCUGGAAUUAGCUCGUCGAAAUCUGUCUCUGCCUGCAACGCCCAAAUGUCGCGAUGUGAUGCCCACUGAAAGAGGACAGAUCUGGUGCAGUCGAAGCUUACCUCGGCGACGAAAAGGCCUUCCAGAGAAUCCUUUCAUGGUAUCCGCGGUCUUUGAGGACUUGCGGAACCGAUGGAACAAGGAGCAGAUCCAGAAAGAGGUUGACGAGGACAUCAGCUGCCUUGUCACUGAUGCUGAUUACCCCUGGGCGAAAAUCACCGUCAUGGUACCAGGAGAAGCAGAUGUUGAGUGCGCCCAUGUGGCAAAACUUACCGGAUGUGCAGUGUUGACGGAUGAUUCGGAUCUCUUGCUUCACGAUCUUGGCGAGCAAGGUGCAGUCUUGUUUUUAGACUCGGUGCAAACGUCCUCGGGCGUCUGGGAUCCGGCCGAGCCAGAUAUUCGGGGGCUGAGAAUAUGUCCCCAUUCGCUAUCCGGUCGGUUAGGCAUCCCAAGCGUUCAGUGGUUUGCAUACGAAUUGCAAAGAAAUACUCAUUUGCGGUUUGCUGAACUUGCCCGGAUAUCCAAAGAGAGUAGUAAGGCGACUGAGCUCUCCUCUGAAUAUCUGGAGUUUCUUCAAGAAUAUCAACACGAGACCACGGAUAAUGAGGUUAUACGUGGAGCAAAACAGUCCAAAAACCCGUUGGAUCCCAGGGUAUCAGAAUUAUUCUGGCAGUAUGAACUUCCUAGCAUCUACUGCUUGGAUGAACAACCGCACAUCUAUCUCGGGAUUUUGAACGAAGACUCUUCUAGGCGAUGUGCCUGGGAACAAGGUCGAACAUAUAGGUCCCUUGGGUACUCAUUUUUCAAUAUGUCCCGUCCUGCUGCCGAUCGAUUUACUGUCGUACAUGAAUUUGUUCGCAGAGGUGGAAGGAUCGUGGCCGAAGAGAUCACUUUAAGCGGAACAAAGACCGUGGCCUCUGAUUUGGAUCUCCUUCGGAGACGCCUUGCCACAGCACAUACUACCUUUGACAAUGGUUUGGCAGCGGAGGGCUUCUGGUUUUUAUUUGCUCUUUCCGAUAUUUAUCGUGAUGGAUCCGGCACAACCACAAUUCCGAGUGCGAAGGAAUUGGAGAGUUUUCUUACAAAGGGAUAUAUGGCGCAAAGUACCAAAUGGGCGGAUAUCCACCUUCUUGCUCAAAUACAAGCUGCACUGUACUCUUUACGAAUACUGAAGCAGCUUUUUGAUAUCGCAGCUCCAGGUGAUGAGUUGGUUGAAUCCAGCUCACUACUCACGGAUUUGCCUCCACUGCACAUAUUGAUGUCGCGACAGCGAAUGACCCAGAGCUUUGCCAAUACUCGUCUUGUCCGCCAUGCGGUUCGUCAAUUGAUAGAAACGUAUGGUUGA